UUCCACAACAUCGGAAGCUCAAUUCGUCGUGAAUAUUUUGAUAAUUGGCUUUAUCUGGUGGUAGUUGGAGCAAAUCAAAUUGCACGCACGCUGACUGUGGUGUUUAUGGAAUAACCUUGACGUGGCCAUGCAAUAAUCCUGUCGUGCUCGAGAAGAGAUGAAGUCCAUGGAGUCUAUAUAAACGGAGCAAAGCCCUCUCGAGUCAGCUUCUGCAAUCAUUCUUGUGAAUAUUAUCAUUCUACUGUACCUGUAAAUACCAUCAUGAUCGGUCGUGUUGUUGAGCAGCCGGCAGACGCGGAUGUCUCGAUGCCCUUGGCGGUUAUUGGUCUGGCCGCGCGCUUCUCGCAAGAAGCGACCACCCCAGAGGCGUUCUGGGAAUUCCUCCUCAGAGCUCGACAGUCCACCACUUCUUUUCCUCCUGAUAGACUCAACCAAAAUGCGUUUUAUCACCCCGAUCCAGACCAUGGCGGCACGGUCCAUGCAAAAGGUGCCCAUUUUCUGCAGGAGAACCCCAACGCUUUCGAUGCAGCUUUCUUCAAUAUCAAUAAGACAGAGAUCUUGAGUCUGGACCCCCAGCAACGGCUCGUUAUGGAGAAUGUUUACCAUGCGCUUGAAAAUGCCGGAAUUCCAAUGGAGAAGGCAAUAUCUUCAAAUGCAUCGAUGUUUGCCAGUGGGUUCAACCACGAUCACUCGAAUCGAAUGAAUAGCGACUUAGAGACUUCGAUGAAGCACCGGUCAACAGGGUCGGAGAAUUCGAUGAUAUCAGGACGAGUCAGUUGGUUCUACGAUUUUAGGGGACCGAGUAUGACAGUAGAUACGGCGUGUUCGAGUAGCAUGGUUGCUUUUCACCUUGCCUGUCAGAGUCUCAAGUCUGGAGAUAGCGAAACUGCAAUCGUUAGUGGGGUCAACGCCAUUAGCUAUCUGCCUCAUAUUCUUGGCAUGAGUUAUUCUGGCUUCCUGGGUGCAGAAGGCAAAUGUUUUACCUUUGAUAACAGAGGUGAUGGCUACGCACGUGGCGAGGGUGUCGCAACGGUCAUCCUCAAGCCCUUGGUAUCCGCCCUGAAAGAUGGGGAUACUAUCCGGGCCGUAAUCCGUGCCACAUCCCUCAACCAAGAUGGACGGACCCCUGGGAUGACCUAUCCCAGUGGUGAUGCACAGGUGCGAUUGAUCCGCAGUGCCUAUGCAAGUGCGGGACUCGAUCCAAAGGAUACACUGUUUUCCGAAGCUCAUGGGACAGGAACACCCGCUGGUGAUCCGAUCGAGGCUAGAUCCAUAGCCAGAGCUUUUCAAUGUGAGAAUCGAGAUAUGCCCAUGUACAUUGGGGCUGUAAAAUCAGGAAUUGGGCAUCUGGAAGGAGGCUCUGGAGUGGCGGCAAUCAUCAAAGCGAUUCUCAUGUUAGAAUCUGCCAUCAUUCCUCCUAACGUGAAUUUUGAAAAUGUCAACCCCAAGAUUGAGAUGGAGAAAUGGAACCUUCGCUUUCCAACCAAAUGCCUGCCCUGGCCUGUGCCUGACGGUGCACGCCGUGCUUCCGUCAGUUGCUUCGGAUUGAGUGGCACGAAUGCCCAUUGCAUCCUUGACGACGCCUAUCAUUACCUAGAAGAAAGGGGCCUCGUUGGAUUCCAUAAUUCUCGGCAAUCAGCUCCAACACCUGAAGAAGUUGAUCAAAUCGUCACGAAGACUAUUAAGCGUUAUCAGGCGAUGGAAGAGGGGGAACUUGGCGCAGCACAGCCAGAAUGUCAUGCUAAUGGCUCCUUAGUGAACGGUACUACAGCGGAAAAACCUGCCCCAAAAAUCUUUUUAUUGUCUGCUUUUGAUCAAAACGGAUUGAAAAGACUGGCUACAGGGAUCAACUCUUACCUGCAACGGCAAGAAAGCUGGUCUGGCAAACUUUCUAGCAACAUGUAUCGUGAUCUUGCCUAUACUCUGUCGGAGAAACGGUCUAGAUUCCGCUGGAAUAACUGCAUACUAGCAACUUCCAUUGAUGACCUACAAAGAAAAUUAUCCUCUGGAAUGGUCCUUUCGAAAGCAAGCAACGUUCGCGUAGCCCCGAAAAUUGGAUUCGUUUUUACGGGGCAAGGAGCGCAGUAUAGUCAAAUGGGACAUCAAUUGUUGGGGUAUCCUGUGUUCAGGAAGUCCCUAGAGGAUGCCUCCGAGUUUAUUAAACAAUUAGGUAGUCCAUGGUCUUUGAUUGACGAGAUUUCCAAACAAAAGAGCGACUCCAGAAUUGACGAGCCAGUCCUCUCUCACCCUUGCUUAACUGCUAUUCAGGUAGCGUUGGUCCAGUUGUUGGCAAGUUGGAACAUCUCCCCGUCGCGUGUCAUUGGUCAUUCAUCUGGUGAAAUCGCUGCUGCGUACUGCGCUGGAAAGAUAUCACGCGAAGCUGCGUGGACAGACGCAUAUUAUCGUGGCUCCGUGGCAGCAGUCAUGCCAACUAAAGUCAAAGGUGCAAUGCUGGCCGUGGGAUUAGAGGCAACCAAGCUUCAGCCAUAUUUGGAUAAAGUUCACAGUGAGUAUACCGGCGAGCUUAUCAUCGCCUGCUUCAAUAGUCCCAAGAACAACACGGUUUCCGGAGAUGAGGUAAUGGUCGACGCACUAAAAGAGCUGCUGGAUGCGGACAAUAUUUUUGCACGUAAGCUGCGGACUGGGAGAGCGUAUCACUCAGCCCACAUGCAGGGAAGUGCACAGGAUUAUCUGAAAGCCCUUUCUGCACCCAUCUACCGUGAGUCCUUCGCAGGGAUAGAUUCGGUCCGGAUGUUCUCCUCUUCGAGGGGCGAAGAAGUGCUGGAAUCAUCUCUGGAUGGUUGGUAUUGGGUCCACAAUCUGGUUUCGACUGUCAAGUUCACCUCUGUCCUGCUGUCCAUGUGCCUUGAGGGAGGUGCUCCUGCCGUGCAGCAAAUCGUCGAGAUUGGCCCCCAUGGCGCACUCCAGAGUGCUAUUAAGGAAACAAUUGGAGCAGACCCUUCAAUCUCGUACCUGCCAACACUCGUCCGUCAAGACCCUGGCCCUAACACCCUGCUCGAGUCGGUGGGAGCUCUCGCGGCCAAAGGCGUGCCAGUCAACAUUUUUGAAGCCAAUGAGGCUGCGGAGCCGCCUAGGAGUCUGAGGCCACAGAUGCUGGUCAGCCUGCCUCCCUACCCUUUUAAUCACGAGGAAGCUGGCAUCUUCGAGAGUCGACUCAGCAAGAAUGCACGGUUCAGAGAACAUCCACGACAUGACCUAUUUGGCGCACCAGUUCAGGACUGGAAUCCCCAGAAUCCUAAAUGGCGCCAUUUUCUGCGUACCUCGGAGAAUCCAUGGCUCAAGGACCAUGUUAUUGCAGGUAAUAUCGUCUUCCCCGGCGCUGGAUUCAUGGUUAUGGCCAUCGAGGCAUCCCGGCAGCUGGUGCAAGAUAAUACCGUGACAGGCUUUCGUUUACGCGACAUUGCGCUCAAGGCAAUGUUGAUCGUCCCCGAGACCCAAGACGGAGUUGAGACCAGCCUCUCACUUUGCCCUAUGGAUGACACCAAUAUCAGCACCUCAAAUGUAUGGAAUAAAUUCCAGAUCAACUCAUAUGAUGUUGAUAAUGACGAGUGGGUCGAAAAUUGCACGGGCUAUAUCGCUGUCGAUAUGGCAAGCCACCCUAAUCCUGUCGACAAUGGGCGUGAAGAGACAUUGGAGAAAGAAAAGUGGGAAAAGGCAUUUCAUGAAGCCACAAGCGCCUGUAAAUCCCCUCUGGACUUCAGCAAAGUCUAUGAUGACUUGGAGCACCUUGGAAUUGAAUUCGGUCCUCUCUUCAGAAACUUAUCCGCAGUGACCACGACUGGCCAGAAAGGAGGAAGCGCCCUGGCCACAAUAACUGUUCCAGAUAUCAGGUCCAAAAUGCCAAAACAGUAUAUACAUUCGCAUCUUAUUCAUCCUGCCACAUUAGACAGUGUUUUCCAGGCAGGUAUGGCUUCCGUCUGUGGCUUUACCGGCCAAUCAAUGUUGAAGCGAGGUCUCGUACCAAACUUCAUCAAAAGUGCAUGGGUCUCCGCCGAAACCGGCUCUGAAUCUAGUUUCCGCUGCGCUGGAAAGGCUUCCCUGUCGACAUUUGAUAUUUACAACGUUGAUGCUCAGGUCUGGGGGAAGAAUGGAAAUGCGCCAAACAUUGCCAUUCAAGGGGUCAGACUGACCCCUUUCCAGUCAGAAAGCACACCAGGGAAUGGAAGUGGUCAGCUUUGCUACUCAAUAGACUGGAAACCGGAUGUCCAUUUUCUCGACACAUCCAGCUUCAGGACAUUGGUCCCGUUCGACCCCAAUGCGGGGAAUUACGAAGCAGAGAAACGGUGGUUCAGUCGACUGCAACUCGCUGCGGCACUCUUGGUAACCGAUGCACUGGUAGAGAUCCAGGGUAUCUCUGUUGCUUCAUUGGAAACCCACUACCAAAGGUUCUACGACUUGCUAAAACAUGUCACUGCGGAUAUCAUGACGGGAUGCAUCCCGCAUGUUACCUUCAAUGAUUGGCAGAAGUAUUCACAAAACGAACAGCUCAAGCAAGAUCUAUACAAAGAGGUAGAAUCAUACGAUACUAAUGGCGCUGUGCUGCUUCGAAUGGGAUCUCAAAUUGCGUCAAUUUUCAAAAACCUGGCAGACCCUCUUUUCCUGAUGUUUGGCCAGGAUGAUCUCAUGACGCGCUACUAUGACGAUGAUGUACUGAUGGGACCUAUCCCCACGACCCUUGACUGUUACCUUUCACUUCUGAGAUACAACUCAUCGGGUCUCAAAGUUUUGGAGGUAGGUGCGGGCACUGGAGGAUUUACAAAACGGCUGCUGGACUCCUUGUGCCCUAGGUCUGAAAGCACCGCGGUUAACCAGAGCGAGGUAAGCGGUGACAAGAUUGCGUCUUAUGCCUUCACGGACAUCUCGCCACGAUUCUUUGAAAAGGCCAAAGAUAGACUCAGUGCUUGGGGUGAUAUUUUGGAUUUCCAAAAGCUAGACGCAGGAGGCGAUCCAGAAAGUCAAGGGUUCCAGCCGGGAUCAUACGACAUGGUUUUCGCUAGCAAUGUCUUGCAUGCUACGCCUGAUAUACACCAGACUCUUCAAAACGUUCGUUCACUACUUAAGCCUGGUGGAAAGCUAUUAUUCCUUGAAGGAGUGCGGCAGGAUACACUUUGGAGUAAUGUUUCUUUCAGUGGCCUUCCAGGCUGGUGGUUAGGCAAAGAGCCAGUUCGCCGCUGGUGUCCAUAUGUCUCUACGCAAGAAUGGGAUGGCUUUCUUCGUCGUUCUGGCUUUUCUGGUAUUGAUAUCGAUAUGCCAAGUUCACAAUAUCCAGAGUUCACAAAGAUCAGCAUCAUGGCUUCGACAGCAGUGCAAACAAUCCCCGAUAACAACAGUCAAGAAUUUGUUAUUGUCUGUCAGUAUCUGGAUAAACCUGUAGCUCUGGCCCAGGUCUUGAAGAAUCAACUGGAAGAAGCAUUAGGGGGUAUUAAAUGUUCGUUAAUCUUCCCAGUUGACUUACCGACAAUGGACCUGUCGCAGGCAGUGUGCAUCUCUCUGCUGGAAGUUGAGGCUCCCAUGCUCGGCAAAAUUACGGAAGACAUGUUUCUGAACAUCAGGCACAUGCUUACGACAUGCGCUAGGCUACUGUGGGUGACAGGAGAUCCAGCGAAAGAUCCAGGAUUCAACAUAGCGACUGGACUUAUCCGCACAAUCAGAUGGGAGCGGGACUCAAACGAGCUCAAUCUUACCACACUGGCGGCUAACCUGGGUGCCACUUCGACAGAGGACCUGAUUCAAUCGAUACUGAAAAUCACACGUCAUCAAUUCGUUGGUGAAAUGAGUUCCCACAGAAACUCCGAGUACCAAUUGCGAGACGGGUUGAUUCAUACCAAUCGGAUAGUUGAAAACAGCGAUGCCACCGAUGCGAUUACCGCGCAAUUUUCUACACCUCCUGCACAGUUGGUACCGUGGAGCAGUAUUGACCGUCCGGUCAUGAUCCAGAACAGCCAGCCUGGAGUCUUGGACAAGCUUCAGUGGUCAACUGAUCCAGACUAUGUACAGGAUUUGGGUGAAUUCGAAGUGGAAAUCGAUGUAAAGGCUGUUGGACUCAACUUUAGAGAUCUUCUCACUGCCAUGGGCGAGCUACCACAGACCACAAUUGGCGGGGAGGCGGCUGGUAUCGUCUCCAGUAUAGGAUCAAAGGUAACAAGAUUCAACAUUGGAGACCGGGUCGCAUACUUUGCUGAUCCAGCACGAGUUGGGACUUUCCGGACUUAUGGACGCGCAAACCAGGCACUGGUCGUGAGAAUUCCUGAUCAUUUGGAGCUAAGUUUGGAAAUUGCAGCCGGCUUGCCUGUGAUUUAUACCACUGUCAUCUAUGCCCUCAACAAUAUCGGAAGAUUGAUGGCAAGGGAAAAGGUUCUAAUCCACGCUGCUGCCGGAGGAGUUGGUCAAGCAGCAAUCCAAUAUGCACAGGCUAUUGGCGCUGAGAUCUUUGCCACUGUAUCCUCCAUUGAGAAACGAGAUUUCCUGAUCCAGGAGUAUGGCCUUGCUGAAGAUCACAUCUUCUCCAGUCGUGACUUGACGUUUGCGAAGGGAGUCAUGAGAAUGACCGAAGACACAGGUAUGGACGUAAUCUUGAACUCCCUUUCUGGAGAAGCCCUCCAACAGUCCUGGGCUUGUAUCGGUGCAUUCGGUCGUUUUAUUGAGCUUGGAAAGCGAGACAUCCAGUCAGGGGGAAAACUCGACAUGACCCCUUUCCUCAAGAACGCGACAAUGGCUGGCGUGGACCUUCUUACUGUGGCGCAACUACGACCUUCGGUGAUCCAAAAGCUCCUGGACGAGAUGAUUCGCCUCUGGGCCCAUGGGAAAAUUCAUGAAGCACGACCGACCACUGUGCUGCCUUAUGGUGAUCUGGAAAAGGGCCUCCGCAUGCUACAGGCAGGAACUACCUUCGGAAAACUGGUUUUUGUACCUGGUGAAGAGCCAGUUCCCGUGGUUCCCGCUCUGGCAACACGGUACACAUUCGACAGCAAUGCGUCAUAUGUUCUCGCAGGUGGGCUUGGAGGUAUUGCGCGCAGCAUCGCCCAAUGGAUGGCAUCCAGAGGUGCGAAACAUUUGAUCCUUCUCUGUCGGACCAUUUCUGAGGCUGCGUUGAAGAUGACUCGGCAGCUUGGGAAAAAAGGAUGUCAAGCGUAUGUUAUCCAAUGCGAUAUCACCGACCCCGAUCGCCUGCGAGAGGUCAUAACAGAGUGCGAGGAAACUCUCCCCCCUAUAAAGGGGUGCAUCAAUUGUUCGGUCGCAUGGGCCGAUGGUGGAUUCGAGACCAUGUCCCACGAGUCAUGGCAAAAGUCAUUAAAACCCAAGAUGAACGGAUCCCUCAAUCUCCACGAAGUCCUUCCAAAGGAAUUGGACUUCUUUGUCAUGCUUGCCUCCGUGGCGGGUGUGGUAGGAAACCGCAGUCAGGCCAACUACAACGCUGGCAACACAUUCGAAGAUGCACUGGCACGAUACCGGGUCUCCCAGGGCCAACGAGCAACCAGUGCAGAUCUCGGUGCAGUACUUUCUGUUGGUUUCAUGGCCGAGAACAAGGAGUUUGUGCGACACAGUAUGAAGAUAGCAAACCACCAUCGCGAGCACGAAAUGUUAGCUAUCAUCGAGUACUUGGUUGAUCCCCGACAGGCCCUGACUGAAACAACAUGUCAGCUCGUCUGCGGGCUCGCCACCCAAUCGGCAUAUCAGAAGCGACGGAUUCCUCCACCGAGACAUCUUGAAUAUCCGAUGUUUAUGCAUCUACAGGGAACUGCAGCCUCAGGAGGAGCACACUCAGAAGAUAGCGGACCGAUAUACAACGUCCCAGGACUGCUAGCCGCCGCUAGGAGCAAGGAGGAGGGAGCGAAUAUUGUCUUGACUGGAAUCCAGAGGAAGUUGACUUCUCUCCUGAAUAUUCAGGAGGACCAGCUUGAUCAGGAAAAGUCUAUCCGGCACAAUGGUGUCGACUCGUUGAUCGAGAUGGAGUUUAGGACUUGGUUAGGAAAGGAACUUGGAGCGAGUGUGUCGCUGUCAGAUCUGACGACGAAGAGUAUCACGGACCUUAGUUUGAAGGUUGCUACCUCCAGUACAUAUUCUCAUUUCGAUGCGGCUUGAUUGGUGGAUUUGUGAAGGUCUAUAGUACCGAGGUUGUGGUUACUCCUUUACGGCAUUAGACCGGCCUCCUAGAAACUGAAUGAAAGUGACAUGAUAAUUUUUG